AUGAACACGACAAGAAACUCCCCACCGCAUCUUGACAUCGUCAGCACAAGCACAAUGGUCCACAACGUAUCUUUAUCGUCACGCAAGGCUUUGCACAAUGUACACCUGCCGUACAUGGUCCAACGACCAAAGCCGACUGGCUACAACGUUGCCCUCAAGAAUGCUGCUGAAGGCUACGACAAGGCGAGACGAAUGGUUGCAUGGCUCUAUGACAUUGCAGACUAUGAGUCAUCUGUUCCCCAAACCUUCAGCCUCCAACAAAAGACCGACAAAUACACUUGGGAACUCUCCGACGAAUUCCCUCCCCAUCUCGCCAUCGUUCCCUCUGACCAAGCUGUAUCUGCCCCCUCAAUCUUCAGCCCGGUGCGCCUGGCACAAACGCUGUUGAUUAUGAGCAGCCUUUGGUACGAUGACCACACCGAGCUUGCCCCAGGCCCCGAGCAAAACACGAUGCAGAAGUUAACUGAGUGGAAUCAAGAGAGGCAUAGAGACCAGGGUUGGAUCGUCAAGGACAUGUUCAACGCACCGAACAUUGGGUUGAGGAAUGAUUGGUUUACCGACGAGGUUUUUGCCCAGCAAUUCUUUACUGGCCCGAAUCCAACGACCAUCACUCUCGCGAACGAUACGUGGGUGUCGGCAUUUACCGACGAGGCAAAAGCUCAGAACAACGCCAAGAUGCUUGCUCUGUUCGGAUCAGCUCCUCCAAACUCAUUCUACGUCCAGGACUUCAGCGACUUCCGAGCGCGUAUGGGAGCGAAGCCUGAUGAGGAGUUGUUCAACGACUCAGAUGGUGCUAUGCGAUAUGGUUGCGCAGCGGUCGCGUUGUUCUACCUUACAUCGGCGGGGAAGCUCCACCCUUUGGCCAUCAUCCCCGACUACAAAGGCAGCAUGGCCGCCUCAGUCACCAUUUUCAACAAACGCACUGAUCCGUUGGACAUGACUGUGAAUCAGGCUAACGAUUGGCCAUGGCGCUAUGCCAAGACAUGCGUCCUUUCUUCGGAUUGGGCCCUCCACGAGAUGAUUAUCCAUCUUAACAAUACGCAUCUUGUAGAAGAAGCGGUCAUCGUGGCGGCACAGCGCAAACUUUCCCCUUCACACAUCGUCUUCAGGCUCUUAGAACCACACUGGGUUGUUACGCUAUCCCUCAAUGCACUUGCGCGCAGCGUCCUCAUUCCCGAGGUCAUCGUCCCCAUAGCUGGCUUCAGCGCACCUCACAUUUUCCAAUUCAUCCGUGGGUCAUUUACCAACUUUGACUGGAAGAGCCUCUAUGUCCCGGCGGACCUAGAAUCCCGCGGUUUCCCAAUAGACCAACUUAACAGCCCGAAGUUCCACAAUUAUGCCUAUGCUAGGGACAUCAACGACAUGUGGACGACGCUGAAGAAGUUUGUGUCGUCCGUUUUGCAGGACGCGCAGUAUUACCCGGACGAUGCCUCGGUGGCUGCGGAUACCCAAAUUCAGGCCUGGUGUGAUGAGAUGCGGUCUGGGAUGGGUGCCGGGAUGACAAAUUUCCCCGAAUCAAUCACGACGGUGGACGACCUAGUCGACAUGGUCACAAUGUGCAUCCACAUCGCGGCGCCUCAGCACACCGCCGUCAACUACCUUCAACAAUACUAUCAGACCUUCGUACCCAACAAGCCAUCAGCACUAUUCUCGCCACUCCCGAAGUCGAUUGCCCAACUUCAGAAGUACACGGAAAGCGACUUGAUGGCAGCUCUCCCUCUCAAUGCCAAACGUCAAUGGCUACUCAUGGCGCAGAUCCCAUAUCUGCUUUCCAUGCAAGUCCAGGAGGACGAAAACAUUGUGACUUAUGCCGCUAACGCAUCAACGGAUAAGGAUCCUAUCAUCGCGAGCGCUGGUAGGCAGCUGGCUGCCGAUUUGAAGAAACUCGCCGCGGUAUUUUUGGCAAAUAGCUCUCAGUUGGAUGACCAGAACACACCAUACGACGUCCUUGCACCCGAACAACUUGCAAAGGCAAUUGUAAUUUGA